CAUAUUUGUUUCGGGUGGCAGGAGCGUCUGGACAUUGUCAAGAACAUGGCGGCUUCCAGGCAGGCAUGAGAGUGGAUCCUUCUGAACAAAUUUAGAUGCAACUGGGCAAUCAUCUCAAAGCAAGACCAUCAAAACAUCUCCCUGGAUAUCGCAACACGAAUCUCUAAAAGGACAUGUCAUCCCCCGGUUCCGUUGUGCCUGGAACAACCGGUGCCCCACUGCAGCCGCGAUGGAAGCGGGUUCUGGGGUGGUCUGGGCCGGUACCCCGACCGAGACAUGGACAUAGAGCCGUGGCCAUCAAGGAGCUUAUGGUCGUGUUCGGAGGAGGAAAUGAAGGAAUCGCAGACGAGUUGCACGUUUAUAACACUGCAACAAACCAGUGGUUCAUACCAGCUGUUCGAGGAGACAUUCCUCCGGGCUGUGCAGCUUAUGGCUUUGUAUGUGACGGUACACGGCUGUUAGCGUUUGGUGGGAUGGUGGAAUAUGGAAAGUACAGCAAUGACCUUUAUGAGUUACAGGCAAGUAGGUGGGAAUGGAAAAAAUUGAAACCAAAGGCCCCUAAAAAUGGAGCACCGCCAUGUCCUCGUCUGGGCCAUAGUUUUUCUCUUGUGGGCAACAAGUGCUAUCUCUUCGGAGGGCUUGCCAAUGACAGCGAAGACCCCAAGAACAACAUUCCCAGAUAUUUGAAUGACCUUUAUACUCUCGAGUUGCGUCCGGGCUCCAGUGUUGCAGGCUGGGAUAUGCCAGUCACAUAUGGAGUUCUGCCACCUCCAAGAGAGAGCCACACUGCUGUAAUUUAUACUGAAAAAACUACCAAGAAGUCCCGUCUUGUCAUAUAUGGAGGAAUGAGCGGUUGUCGUUUGGGUGAUCUUUGGACACUAGAUAUUGACACACUGACCUGGAACAAGCCUGCAAUAAGUGGCACUGCACCCCUCCCUCGCAGCCUCCACUCAGCCACUACUAUUACAAACAAGAUGUAUGUUUUUGGUGGCUGGGUUCCCUUGGUGAUGGAUGAUGUAAAGGUGGCCACACAUGAGAAGGAAUGGAAGUGUACAAACACACUGGCCUGCCUAAAUUUGGACACUUUGUCUUGGGAGACUGUUUUGAUGGACGCUUUGGAGGACAACAUACCACGUGCACGAGCGGGACAUUGCGCGGUUGCUAUCAACAACAGACUUUAUGUGUGGAGUGGACGUGAUGGGUACCGCAAAGCGUGGAACAAUCAGGUGUGCUGCAAAGACCUGUGGUACCUGGAGACAGAACGGCCUAAUCCUCCUUCACGGGUACAGCUUGUUCGGGCUAAUACAAAUUCUUUAGAGGUUAGCUGGGGAGCUGUAUCUACGGCAGACACUUACUUACUUCAGCUUCAGAAGUACGAUAUCCCAUCAGCCACUGCUGCCACCUCACCUGCCCUCAACGCAGCUCCCUCAAUACCUGGAAACUCUCCUAAGAGUCCAGCGCCUGCUGCAGCUGCUCCAUCUGCUCAGAGUCUGCCGCAGAGUGGCAUCACUCUAGUGACCCAGGCUGGUUCCCCUACAGCGCUUUUGCCCAACACGCCAGGAAGUCCCUUGGCUGCCUCAACAGCUCGUGGCCCAGCUAUUCUGAAAGUUGCAGCCCCUCAGUCAGGCACUGGGACAUCGAUUGUCACUGUGCGACAUGCUACCCAAGCUGGAAAAUCCCCAGUCACUGUGACAUCACUUCCUGCAGGUGUCCGUAUGGUUGUGCCACCUCAGGCCACUCAAGGAACGCCCAUAGGCAGCAGCCCUCAGAUGAGUGGAAUGGCAGCUUUAGCUGCAGCUGCUGCAGCCACGCAGAAAAUCCCCCCCUCACCUGGAGCUACUGUUCUCAAUAUGCCGGCAGGGGCCACAAUUGUCAAAACAGUGGCUGUGACACCUGGGUCAUCCACUGUAAAAGUAGCAUCUCCUGUCAUGGUAAGCAACCCUGCCACUCGCAUGCUGAAGUCUGCCGCUGCCCAAGUGGGCAGUCCAACAGUGUCCAGUCCCACUACAGUUGCCCGGCCCAUCAUUACGGUGCACAAGUCAGGCACAGUUACCGUAGCUCAGCAGGCUCAGGUUGUGACCACUAUGGUGGGCGGGGUUACCAAGACCAUCACUCUCGUCAAGAGCCCACUUUCCAUGGGAGGAAGUGGCACACUGUUCUCUAACUUGGGUAAGGUUAUGUCAGUGGUGCAGACCAAACCAGUGCAGACAUCUGCUGUGACUGGCCAGGCCUCCUCCAACCCACUGACUCAGAUUAUACAGACAAAGGGUCCCCUGCCUCCCGGCACAAUUUUCAAGCUUGUAACGUCUGCUGAUGGAAAACCAACCACCAUAAUUACCACCUCUCAAGCAGGUGGCACAGGAAACAAGCCCACCAUCCUGGGCUUCAGUGGCAUGUCCCCCAGUACCACCACCAAGCCAGGCACCACCACUAUUUUCAAAACAAUACCCAUGUCAGCUUUACAACAGGGAGCUGCAGGUGUAACUAGUAGUACAGGGGUAAAGAGCCCCAUCACCAUCAUUACCUCCAAGAUGAUGACAUCUGGAACUCCUGGCAAAAUCAUUACUGCAAUGCCUAAGAUUGGUACAGCAACAGGCCAGCAAGGCCUUACACAGGUUGUUUUGAAGGGGGCUCCAGGCCAGCCCGGUACUAUUCUUCGCACUGUGCCAAUGGGAGGAAUGCGUCUUGUUUCGCCAAUAUCUGGGGUCAAACCAAAUGUAACCACAUUGGUUGUCAAGGGAACAACUGGUGUAACAACCCUUGGCACAGUCACUGGAACAGUUUCUUCCAGCUUAGCAGGAGGAAGCGUAGCCAGUGCCAAUGCCACCUUGGCAACCCCCAUCACCACCCUGGGCACGAUUGCCACCCUCUCCAGCCAGGUCAUAAAUGCCAGCACUGUGUCCACUGCUCAGGGCAACAUGACCACCAUCCCUUCCACCAUGCAGCCCACCCAGGUGACACUCAUAACUACACCCAGUGGUGUGGAGGCUCAACCUGGCCAAGACCUGCCUGUUUCCUUUUUGGCCUCACCCAACUCGGAGCAGUCUGCCUCUACUGAGUCCGGGGCAGCUGAUGCCUCCGGCAGUGUUACUCUAGUGUGCUCCAACCCUCCAUGUGAGACUCACGAGACGGGUACCACCAACACUGCCACCACAGCAUCUGCCAACAUGGGCACUGUUCAUAGGGUGUGUUCAAACCCACCAUGUGAAACCCACGAAACGGGCACCACCAACACAGCAACUACAGCAUCUUCAAAUAUGGGCACUGCCCUUACUUCCACUGCGCAGAGGGUGUGCUCCAACCCACCUUGUGAGACCCACGAAACGGGCACCACCAACACAGCAACUACAGCAUCCUCAAAUAUGGGUACUGCCCCUACUGGCACAGUGCAGAGGGUGUGUUCCAACCCACCUUGUGAGACCCAUGAAACGGGCACCACCAACACGGCUACUACAGCUUCAUCUAACAUGGGUGGCGACCAAGCAGGAACAGUUCAGAGGGUGUGCUCCAACCCACCUUGUGAGACCCACGAAACUGGCACCACCAACACGGCUACUACAGCUUCAUCUAACAUGGGUGGCGACCAAGCAGGAACAGUUCAGAGGGUGUGCUCCAACCCACCUUGUGAGACCCACGAAACUGGCACCACCAACACGGCUACUACAGCUUCAUCUAACAUGGGUGGUGACCAAGCAGGAACAGUUCAGAGGGUGUGCUCCAACCCACCUUGUGAGACCCACGAAACUGGCACCACCAACACGGCUACUACAGCUUCAUCUAACAUGGGUGGCGACCAAGCAGGAACAGUUCAGAGGGUUUGCUCAAACCCACCCUGUGAGACCCACGAGACCGGUACAACCAACACGGCCACCACUGCCACCUGCACUAUGGAGACAGAUGAGGGAACAGACCAACAGACUGGUGAAGCAUCAGAAUCUACCACCAACACAGAGGUGCCGUCCACUGUAGCACCCCAGAGUAGAGCCAUCACCACAGUCACCCAGGCAACACCUCUACCAGGACCAUCUGUUCCAUCUAUCUCUUCAAUCACCGAGUCUUCCUCAGAGGCAAUUGCAGAGCCUGUUGUUCUGGAAAGCUCGGAGGCAGAGUCCUUGCAGACAGAAGGCCAGGCUGAGACAGAGGCAUUCACCAUGCAGGCAGAGUUCCAGACGGAAGCAGGGGCAGCGGCUAUGCCGAGUGACUUCCAGGCGGAGGCAGCGGCCAUGCCGAGUGACUUCCAGGGAGAAGCUCAGGCUGUGGCCAUGGAGGCAGAGGCCGCUGAGCCCAUGGAGCACGAUGCUUCUGGCAUAGCAGAGGGAGAGACGGCUCUGGUGCAGCUACCAGUAGCAGAGAUGGAGGGCAUUGAGUCUGCAUCAGCAUCCCAGGAUGCCGUGGCGCUGGCCUUGCCCCCAGAGCUGAUGUCAGAUGGACAGCCCACAACGCUGAUGGUGACAGGUCUGACCCCAGAGGAGCUAGCAGUUACAGCAGCCGCAGAGGCAGCAGCGCGGGCUGCAGCCACAGAAGAAGCCCAGGCCCUUGCUAUCCAGGCUGUACUACAAGCAGCACAGCAGGCUGUUAUGAACUCAGGUGAAGUUGUUGCCGGAGGAGACAACCAGCAGACCCACACCAUACCCAUUGUUCUGACCCAGCAGGAGCUGGCGGCCCUUGUUCAUCAGCAGCAGCAGCUCCAGGCGGCCCAGCAGCAAGCUGCUGUCCAGGUUGCUCUCUCCACUGAGGGCUUGGCUCCGGCUGACAGCCUAAAUGAUCCCUCAUCAGAGAGCAAUGGACACAACGAAAUAUCUGCCGCUGCCACAAGUGCAGUGGUUACACUGCUGUCUCGGACUUCUGCAGAGACCUUGGCUCCAUCCAGCACUUUAGCACCUGCAGUAGUCGCCAGUCCAGCCAAGUUGCAAGUAGCGGCGGCUCUCACUGAAGUGGCCAAUGGAAUUGAGGCUGCGAAACAAAAGCCUCCCACGGUUACCAUCAAACCUCAAGUGAAGAAAGAAAACCAGUGGUUUGAUGUCGGCAUUGUGAAAGUGACCAACAUGGUUGCAACACAUUUCUACAUGCCUGCAGAUAACUCCGCUUAUAUUGAUGAUGAUUCCGGCACAAUCCCUGACUACAGCCAGAUGAAGAAGGUGGAGCUUCAGCCUGGGACGGCCUAUAAAUUCAGAGUGGCGGGUAUAAACACAUGUGGCCGGGGAGCCUUUUCUGAAAUAUCUGCUUUCAAGACCUGCUUACCAGGAUUCCCAGGAGCACCGUGUGCCAUAAAGAUAAGCAAGAGUCCAGAUGGUGCACACCUUACAUGGGAGCCUCCAUCAGUGACAUCAGGAAAGAUUACGGAGUAUUCUGUGUAUUUGGCCAUUCAGAGCAGCCAGACCACUGAGGCCAAAACCUCUGCCCCAGCUCAGCUCGCCUUCAUGCGUGUUUACUGUGGGCCCAAACCCUCCUGUCUGGUCCAGUCCUCAAGCCUGUCCAGCGCUCACAUAGACUACACCACCAAACCCGCCAUCAUCUUCCGCAUUGCGGCACGCAACGAGAAGGGCUACGGCCCAGCUACACAAGUGCGAUGGCUGCAAGAGUCCAGCAAAGAGGGCAUCUCUGCAAAGCCUGCCCCAAAAAGAGCAGUUUCUUCACCAGAUAUGAAAGGGAUUGGUCUCAAGAAAGCAAGAAUGGACCAGUGAUGCCCUCUCUCCAUUCUUCCUCCAAAAGCAGGAAGACUUAUCCCAACUCCUAGCGCUCCAUCUGACUUCAACACAUCUUCAACUGUAACCAGAACAUCCAUUAAAACAGC